UUGGUUAUUGUCUCAUAGAAAAUUGUAAUCUAGGUUAAAAUGGAAAAGAUUUCAUUGUAUGAUAAGGAUAAUAAUAAAGUAUAUGGUUUAAUGUUAUCUCCUGAAGAUGCACACCGUACUACUACAGAUAUUAUCUUUGCUACUACUCUUUUAAAUGCAACCAUUAAGGAUAAAACUAUUAUUGAUCAAAAUGAGGAAGUGUCGGAGGACUUAAAUAUAUGUAAUACACAGUCUGAUUUAAUGUCAGAAGCCUAUGAUAUAAACAGUGAUAUUCAGUCGACACUGUCGACAAACAACAGUGAUAUUCAGUCGACAGACAACAGUGAAGAGACUUCUAUCCAGAAAAGAGAAGACUUGAACUUUGCAUUAACGUAA